UCAGAUAACACCCUUUUACCUCGUUGCAGCUGAGAAAGCAACAUGGGUCACCAGCAGCUCUACUGGAGCCAUCCGAGAAAAUUCGGCCAGGGUUCUCGCUCUUGCCGGGUCUGCUCAAACCGGCACGGUCUGAUCCGGAAAUACGGCCUCAAUAUGUGCCGCCAGUGUUUCCGCCAGUAUGCGAAGGACAUCGGCUUCAUUAAGUUGGACUAAC